AUGCCUCCAUCACAGCCGGGCUCGGCAGAAAAAACGAUCCGCAAAAUCGAUAUCGCCCAGGUUUCUCUCAGUCUGCAGGAUCGAUUGGGCCUUGCCAAACUCAAGUACCAACAUGGUCGACUGCAUGGCCUGAACCCGAACCAGCAGGAUGGCAGGCCCGUUCUCGAGAGCGAUAAGCCUUCCGACUCUUCAUCCGAGUUUUCACGCAGUCGUUGCGAGACUCCCUUCACCUCCCCUCCCCUCCAAGCCUCCACCUAUUCCAAGGAGCUCCCUCGAUCCGCCCGCAAUAAACAUGCCGCUACCUUCAACUCUCGAGUCAUGCAACCCAUGCUGUCUGCCAGUCGAAAGCGCCUACGGUCUGACUCCGAUUCUGAACGCCCUGUCAAAGCACCCCGGGUCUCGUGGAAGAGUUCUUACCGGCUGCCGGAAUCCUCCCCUGGAAUGGACCGACACCGUACGAGCCGACGCACACAAGCCCCCUUCAUGUCCGAGGCUACAAUUCCGGAGAUGUCAUCGCCUAUAUAUCCUAGGCCGUCAGAAGAGAUCGAUCCCGAUCUGCCGCUGCACAGUUUCCAGCACAUGAGCUCGAUCGUAGGCUCCUCACCUCCACGAACCCCUCCCCCAAAACACAUGCGACUGUCCCGCAACAACCAGCCUCAGAACCACGAGGACGGCGCAGAUUUGCUCUUGUACCUCGCCAACUCCCCGACCCCCGCUCGGGUUGCAAGGGGCAACGGAAACCAGGCCUUCCCACCUUCCACUCCUCCCAGCCAACACGCACUACUGCCAGGCAUGACACCUACACUGGGCGGCGGCAUGUUUGCCAAUAUCAGCACACCGAAUCAGCAAUUCAAUUUCGCUGAUUUCGUCAAUGUGACCCCUAGCCCGGCGCAACCAACCUGGGGUGGCCGCACCCCAGGCAAUUCUGCUCGCACUCCGCUCACCAGCAACAGAAAACGAUUGAACUUUGAUGCCCUGGUUCCUCCAAGCAACUCCAGCCCUCGACUUCGUGGCAAGGAAACGGGGCUGGCGUUGCAACUCGGUGGCGAACUGCACCCAUGA